AUGUCCGGUAUUCCUAAUCUCCCAGAGACAUUCGAUGAUCUCCCCGACAAGCGUCGGUUCUGGCCUGCGUCCGCAGGGUCAGAAGAAGAAGGGCUGGGGAUGCUCCGCCUUCUAACACCCGGAUUAGUUGCUCAAGCCGCUCGAACACAAAUCCAGACCGGCGAGCGGGUAUGCUUAAACUGGAACAUGGAGAAUUUGAACCCACCAGACUCACGAUUCGUGAAAUCAGGGUUCGGUCGCAAACCAUUCGAGCACUGUGUCAAAUGGGUUGCCGAGGGCAACGCCUUUGAUGACGAGUACCACUUCAAUCCACAGCAGUCCUCUCAGUGGGAUGGCCUCCGGCACCACAAUGCGCCAGCGCCAACACCGGAAGACCAAGACAGACGCCUCUUCUAUGGCGGCACGAGCGCAGAGGAAAUUCUAGAUGAGAACUCGUCGCGGAUUGGCAUUGGGUUUUGGGCGAAGAAGGGUAUUGCCGGACGCGGCGUGCUCAUCGAUUACGUCUCCUACGCUGAGAAGAAAGGCAUCAGCGUAAAUGCGCUGAGUCGGCAGAUGAUUUCACUAGACGAGGUGCAGGAGAUCGCGCGCGAAUGCAACAUCAAAUUCCAGCAAGGAGAUAUCUUUUUCUUGCGGGUUGGCUUGCCUGGAACGUGGGAGCGGAUGUCGGUCGAAGAUCGGGUGGCUUAUAGUCAGCAGGCCAUGCCGCAGCAUGCUGGAAUUGAGCAGAGUGAGCGGGUCUUGCGCUUUAUAUGGGAUAAUCAUUUUGCGGCUGUUGCAUCCGAUGCUGUGAGCUUUGAGGUUUACCCGGCUCUGAACCCAGAGUUUGACUUGCAUCAUCAUCUUCUGGCUGGGUGGGGUGUUCCUAUCGGGGAGAUGUUUGAUUUGGAGGAGUUGGCUGCGACGUGCAAGCGUUUGGGCCGUUGGAGUUUCUUUAUCUCGAGUAGUCCCUUGAACUGCUCCCGGGGAGUGUCUAGUCCACCUAACUGCAUGGCUAUUUUCUAG